AUGGACGCCUCCUCCCUCCGCAUCUCCAAGUUCGAUGGAACUAACUUCCACGCCUGGAAGUUCAAGAUGCAGAUGGUGCUGGAGGAACGGGACCUAUGGGAGGUCGUCAGCGGUGAGAUCAAGGCGGAACAGUGCGAGACUCAGUUGGACCAAGCGACGUACAAGAGGAAGUCAAGAAAGGCGAUGGCAGUGAUCUGUCUAGCCAUGGAAGAUUCCCAGCUACCGUUGGUCCGGUCGGCAAGUGGUGCAUGCGACGCAUGGUCAAGGUUGGAAGACCACUUCGAGAAGAAGAGUCUUGCCAACAAGCUGUUCUUGCGCCGUCGCUUCUUCACGACAAUGAUGGAAGAAGGCGACGAUGUGCUCGAACACAUCAACAAGCUCAAGACGCUGGCGGAACAGCUAGAAGCGGUGGGGGCUCCAGUCUGCGAGGACGAUCUGGUGAUCACACUCCUCGGCAGCCUGAGUGACUCGUAUCAAUUCUUGAUCACAGCUUUGGAGUCGCGCUCAGACACUCUUAGCUGGGAGCUCGUGACGUCUCGACUGCUUCAUGAAGAAAUGAAGCGGAAGGAGCAAGGAAGUAAAGGUGAUGAAGCUUCGCAAGGUCAAGCGUUCAUCACAAGGGACAAUCAGCGCAAAGGGCGACCAGUGAAGAAGUCCUGGCCGUGCCACAAUUGCGGAAAGAUUGGUCACUGGAUGGCGGAGUGUCCCUCGCGCAUCCAAGAAAACACGGAGAGACACCGGCCACAGCGUGCUCAAGACAGCGGCGACCGCUAUCGAUCACAACGUGCAAACGUCGCUCAAGAAGAAGACUCGGGCGACUACCUCUUUUCGAUCGGUGAAACGACAUCUGCGAAAUCGAGCGACAUCUGGCUGGUCGACUCCGGGGCGACGCAGCACAUGACGUGCUCCAAGAAGUUCAUGCGGAACUACAAGGGGUUUGACGCUGUGGAUGUCCAUCUCGCGGAUGAUGGAAUCGUCCAAGCAAUCGGCAGUGGGGACAUUGUCAUGUCGAUGAAGACACCCCAAGGGAUGAAGAAAGGUGUGCUCACAAACGUGUGGCACAUCCCAAAGUUAUCCAGAAACCUGUUCUCGGUCGGCCGCUUCACCAAGGAUGUCGGCCCAGUGACGUUCACGAAGGAUGGGUGCUAUGGAGAAGCGAAAGGGACUAAGUGGAAAAUUGGUGCCCGUGAAGGUAAAGAACUGUUCAAGCUGCAAAUGACUCCAGUGGCGCCGGAACAAGCAAAUGCAGCCAAGUCGUCGGGAUGUCAAGGGGGCACCAAGUCGUACCUCUGGCACCUUCGGCUUGGCCACAUAGGUCAUGAUGGACUCAAUUGCAUCGUGACGAAGAACAUUGGAAUUGGCAUCGACAUAUCUUCGGUGAAGAAGUGGGACGUGUGUGAAGGUUGUGCUCUGGGAAAACAGACUCGAGUGCGCUUCCAAUCAAACAAUACAGCUCGCACCUCCAAACUCCUCGAAGUGAUUCACAGUGACGUAUGCGGACCGAUGUCGAUGGCAACUUUCAGUGGAAAACGGUACUUCGUGACAUUCAUCGAUGACAAGUCAAGAUACUGUGUCGUCUAUCUGCUCAAGAGCAAAUCUGAAGUUGCGGCGAAGUUCAUGGAAUACGCUGCGAUGGCCGAAACGCAAACCGGAAAGCGCGUGAAGUACCUUCAAAGCGACAAUGGGGGUGAAUACAAGUCCGACAAGCUGGCACGAUUCUGCGCGGAACGGGGAAUACAACAAAGGUUCACACCCCCAUAUACUCCUCAGCUAAACGGAGUAGCUGAGAGAAUGAAUCGCACGCUGGUCGAGUGUGCGCGUUGCAUGAUGGAACACGCUGGACUGGGAAAGAGCUACUGGGGUGAAGCAGUGAUGACGGCGAUGUUUCUUCGAAACCGCUGUCCAACACGUGCCAUUCACCAAGACAAGUCUCCAUAUCAAGUGUGGACGAUGAAGAAACCGAUUCUGGCCAACCUUAAAGUGUUUGGAUGCCACGCGUAUGUUCAAGUGCCUCAAGACAAACGCGCGAAGUUCGACUCCAAGUCAUCACUCUGUCGUUUCCUGGGAUACGCCGAACACCAGAAGUCAUAUCGAUUUGAGGAAGUGUCAACAGGAGCGAUCAAGAUCAGUCGCGAUGCCACAUUCAUGGAAGACAAGUUUGAUGAAGGUCCGCGCAACUACAACGAUGAGUCAAGUGUCGUUGAGUUUGAUGAUCAUGAUGAGGACGAAGAAAAAGAAGAAGGUAAAACUGACGACGACAUGGACUCGAGCGACGAUGACAACGAAGACACCAGGUCUUCGAAGAGCAACAUCAAGAGACACACGCGCACUCAAUCACUUGAGAAAGCUACCGUCAUUCCAAGUCCCAAGCGAAGAACAUACAGAGGUCCGUCGCUUGAGCAUGUGUCAGCGGCUGCAAUGGAUUUUGAAGCAGCCUACAUCGUUGAUUCAGUGGGGAAACGCCGACUACAUUCAAGUCGGCGAUGGAAUCAAGCGACUCCGGCAAGUGGAAAGAAGCGUGUGACUCGGAGUUCGAUUCGCUUCAGAGAAACGACACGUGGGAAAUCGUGCCUCUUCCGAAAGGUCGCAAGGCCAUCGGGUGCCGAUGGGUUUUCGUGUAAAGGAGAAUCAAGAUGGCGAAGUUGA